AUGAACAGUUCAGAAAAUUUUAACAAAUUAUAUUUUUUUAAAACAGUGCAAAAGAAUGAAGAAACAUAUGAAAAUGUUAUCUAUGCAAUAAGUAUUAUAUAUGUUAUAUUAUCUUUGGUCUUUUUCAUUCUAGAAUUUUAUAUAAAAUGGAGAAAACACAAUGAACUAAAGUAUAUGAUGGGGAUAAGGGACAACCAAGUCCCAGGAACUAAACAAAAUGAAAUAAGUAACAAAAAUAGUACACACAUUUUGCCUGACCAAAAUAGCCAUUAUGAACACACAUUAGAAAACUCAAAGACAAUAAAUACUAGACAACUGAAAGAUUUAAACAAAAAUAAAAAUGCACACACAAAUAUUUAUAUAACAACAAGCUAUAUAUUUGUAUAUAUUUUGUUAAUGUUGUUAGGAAUAAGACAAUAUAAUAUAACCGAAUAUGUUUUGUAUUUUUAUUUUAUGCUAGCUAUAUGUGAGUUUAUCACACCCCUAACGAUAUCUAUGAAGUUAAUAAACUUUGUAACAAAAUAUUAUAAAACCCAUUUUUUAAAAAGAGAAAAAAUGAAUAAUAAUAAUUCAAAUAUGAUGAUUAAAAAAAGGGACAUAUAUUUUUUUUUUUGUUAUUUUGCCAUUUUACGGUUUUUAAAAAAAACAAAAAUUUACGAUAAAAUUAUGGUUAAGAAGAACAAGCCAAUUCAUGAGCCAGACUUAAAAACUGAAAAUAAUAAAAUAGAGAUCAAAAAUAAAAAUCUCUUUUCAAAAUAUUUCGCUAUAUUAAAACAAAAUAUAAAGAAAAAAAACAACUAUAUAUUUUAUAAUUAUUUUGGUAUUUUCUCUUUUUUAAAAAAUUGUAUAAUACACACCCUGCACAUUUUAAAAAGGUGGAUAUAUAGCCAUAUAAAGACAAAAGAUAAAAAUAAAAAUAUGAAUGAAACAGGGCCCCUUCUUAGAAACAUUGAAACUGUUAAUACUGAUAUGGGAAAAAGAGAAAUAAAUUAUAAUUCCAAUUUAAAAGAAAACAUAAAUAUUUCUAAUAUUGUUGUAAAUAAUUUUAAUACGCCAAAUGAAAAUACAAAAUCUGAAAAAGAAAAUAGUAUAUGUAACAAAAAUAAAAUAGCUAAAAAAAGUUUAGCAAUUGAAAAAUCUGUUAUUAAAAAGGAUGACUUAAAACUUAAAGGAUUAGACAGUUCAGAUAAAAUAACUAGCCAUUUGUCUAUGAAAAAAAAUGAGCUUAAUAAAAUAAUAAAAAACACAAAUAAAUAUAAAGAUUACUAUAUAAAAUAUAACAAAUAUAAUAAAGCAAUUAAUGAUAUGGAAGAAGACCAAUUCGAAUUUGAGGAUGACGAAUAUUUUGUGAAUACAAAUUUGAGUAUGAUCGAAAAAAGACAAUUUAAAGUAAUUGAAAAUAAUUCAAAUGAUAUGAAUAAAUAUGGAGAAAAAAAAAAUAUUAAUCCUAAUAAACUAGAACUUAAACAUAUUUAUGACCAAAAUAAAGAUAACUCUUUAUAUUUUUCAAAUACUUCAUCCACAGAAGUUAAUGAAAAAGAAACAACCGAAGCUGAUCAUAAUGAAGAAAGCAUUUCAUAUAAAGAUAAAUGCAUAAGUAAAGAAGAAAAUGCUAACAAAAGUUAUUUUUCGAAAACUGAAUAUGCUCAUACCACAAGUUUAAAUAUAAACAAAAGAAACACAAUUCGUACACACGGAUUAACAUACAAAAUAAAAAAAAAUGAUAUGGGCAACAAAAAUAUAUCUUUUGAAAAAAAUAUAAAAAUAAUUUUAUCCAAUUUUAAAAGAAGAAUGGAAGUGUGCAUAUUUUUAAACGUUAUUUAUAAAAUUGCAUUACUCCUAAACAUUUUAAUAAUUUUUUUUGUAAUGAGUAUUAUGUUGCAUAUUAAUUUGUAUAUUCUUACUACUAAUGUAAAACCGUUUUUUUUUUAUAAAAUUAUUUCUAUUUUAAUUCAGUGUUGUUAUUUUGUUUUUUUCCAUUUACAUGUAUAUGAAUAUAAUAAUAUGAUAAAGUGA